UUUGCAGUGCUCUUCCUCCUGACCAACAUAUCUGGGCUGCAGAAUGUGCAGAAUGUGGAGCUCCAUGCUGGGACUGUGCCUGCUCCUUACCGUCUUCCAUGGAGGAGAACCAAGCAACCCUGACCCGCAAUAUAUGCUGUUGGUGCCAACUCUAUUAAAUGCAGGAAAGGAACAGACAUUCUGCUUGCAGCUGUCCCACCUUAAUGAGUCUGUUAAUGUGAAGGUGUCCCUGGAGGGACCGCACAACACAACACUGCUGGAGAAACAUGUCACAGAGUCAGAAGAGAAUAGUUGCUUCUCAUUCCAAACACCAAAGGUUGAGAGCCCAGAAUUGGCAUUCAUCACACUCGAUGCUGUCGGUGAUUUUUUGCACUUUAAGUCAAAGAGAAGCGUCCUCAUCAGGAACCCAUAUAACUUGGCGUUCAUCCAGACUGACAAACCCAUCUAUAAACCUGGGCAGAAAGUUCAGUUCCGUGUUGCCACCAUGGAUGAGACAUUUCAUAGCACCUAUGAAAAGUUUCCCGUAAUUUAUGUUGAGGAUCCUCAGGGAAACCGCAUAUUUCAGUGGGUGAAUGUGGAGACAAAAAGGGGAAUUGCUCAAGAAUCCUUCCUCCUCACCUCUGAGCCAAGGCUGGGGACAUAUAAAAUGGUUGCACAAAGGGAAAAGGGCUCCAAGAUUGAACAUUUCUUUAAUGUGGAGGAAUAUGUGCUACCCAAGUAUGAGGUGCAGGUGAAAAUGCCCUCGGUGAUCACUAUCCUUGAUGAAGAAGUCAAAGUUACUGUAUGUGGAAAGUACACCCAUGGUAGACCUGUGACAGGAAGGAUUGAUGUCAGCAUCUGCAGAAAGUUUUCCUACUCUUAUAACUCCUGUCCUGAUGAGUCAGAAGAUCAAGUGUGUGAAAAACUGUCACACGAAACUGAUAACAAAGGUUGCUUUUCUGAAGUGAUAAAGACAAAACCUUUCCAGUUAAGACGUACUAAUUAUGAGUCGAAACUCACUGCUACCGCCAAGAUAACUGAAGAUGGAACAGGUGUGGAAAUGGUCGGCGAGGCCUCCUCGGAGAUAAAAAAGAUAAUCACAAAAGUGUCGUUCCGACAGCUGGACUCCCGCUUUAAGAGAGGCAUUCCCUUGUAUGGACAGGUCUUCCUGGAAGAUGCUGCAGGAAAGCCCAUUUCCAAUGAGACGGUGACACUAUAUGUAGGUUCCGGUAGAACAAACUACACCUACACCACAGGGCCCGAUGGAACAGCAGAUUUCUCUAUUGAUACCACGUCAUUCUACCAGAAUUCCAUAACGCUAAAGAUCUCCUACAAAAAAAGCGAUCGGCACUGCUACAGUCAAUCUUCGUUGUUCCCCUCAUAUGAAGAGGAUUCCAGAAGCAUAAACCAUUUCUACUCCAGAAGCAAAAGUUACCUAAAGAUACAGCCCAUAUUCCACACUCUGAAGUGUGAGGAGCAGGAGGACCUCACAGUGCACUACACUCUCACUCCAGAAGGAGUUGCAAACAUGAGCCAUGCUGUGUUCCAUCACCUGAUAAUGUCAAAGGGAAAAAUUAUUGAUACCGCAAACCAUAAAGUGGAACUCAACGCAAAAGAAGUGUCACAUGGACAUUUUACAUUUAAGCUUCCCGUCAAUGUUAAUACGGCACCCUUGGCUAAAGUGCUGGUCUAUCUCAUUCUGGACAGUAGUGAGGUCAUUGCAGACAGUGUCAGCUUCAAAGUAGAAAAGUGCUUUGGAAACAAGGUGAAGAUUUCAUUUUCUGAUAAUGAAGUUCUGCCGGGUGCAAACAUCAAUGCUGUCCUCUCCUCGCUGCCAAACUCCCUGUGUGCAUUACGGGCUGUGGAUUCCAGUGUAUUUUUGCUUAAACCUGAAGCUGAAUUGUCUGCAAAUACGGUGUAUAACCUGCUGCAAGUUACAGACCUUUCAGGCUAUGAACAUGAGGGAUUUCGCUUAGAGGAGCCACGUGAAGAUCCCUGCCUGCAAGUGGAGCCUAUCUUUUUAAAUGGAGUAUAUUACAACCCAUCUGUCCCUACAUGGGACACUGACACCUACAAGAUCCUAAAGGAUCUUGGCCUGAAGGUUGCCACAAACACCAUUAUCAGGAUCCCAGUGCUUUGUGUGGAACAGGUUGUUGGUUAUGCGUACAAUAGCCAUGGUAGAGUAAUGGAAAUGGCUGAGCCACAAAUGUCAUACAUGAUGUCUUCUGCUCCACUGAGAAGAGUGGGAGCACAGAGUGAGGAAGAAGAGAUUGUGGAAACUGUGAGGAAGUUUUUCCCUGAAACGUGGCUUUGGGACUUAGUAGCAAUAGAUGAUGUUGGACAAACUACCUUGAAACUGACAGUACCAGACACCAUAACAACAUGGAAUGUGGGGAUGUUCUGUACAUCAGAGGAAUCGGGCUUUGGGCUUGCAGAACCAGUGUCAGUUUUGACUUUCCAACCUUUCUUCCUGGACCUUACCCUUCCAUACUCCGUUGUCCGGGGAGAGAAGUUCACACUAAAAGCUACCUUGUUUAACUACAUGAUGCAAACCAUCAGGGUGGCAAUUAAUUUGGAAAAAUCAGACAAAUUCACAGCUAAAGCCAUCAACACAGAAGAUGACGGUCAGUGUGUACAAGCGAACAGCAGAGUGACUGUAGAAUUUGAAGUGAUCCUACAGUCUCUUGGUGAAGUGAACUUUACAGUGAGUGCUCAGACCCUGCCAGGAGGAGGACUGUGCGGCAAUGAGAUUGUGAACCCAACACAAGGGAGAAAGGACACAAUCAUCAAACAUAUUCUAGUGGAGCCCGAAGGAUUUGAAAGAGAGGAGACACACUCAUCCAUGGUCUGCAGUAAUGGCACUACGAUAACAGAAUCAAUUUCCCUGAAGCUCCCAAGCCAGAUAGUAGAAGGUUCUCAACGUGCCUACUUCUCAGCGAUUGGUGAUAUCAUGGGAACAGCAAUGCAGAAUUUAGGUAAUCUGCUAAAGAUGCCGUCUGGAUGUGGGGAACAGAACAUCGCUCUUUUUACCCCCAAUAUCUUCAUUUUGGAGUACCUCAAUAAUACUGGUCAGCUGAGCCCAGAGCUCAAAUCAAAAGCCUUGAGUUACCUAAGCACAGGAUAUCAGAAGCAGCUGAUUUACAAACACCAUGAUGGCUCGUACAGUGCUUUUGGACCUCGGUUUGGACAAGGGAACACUUGGCUAACAGCGUUCGUUCUCAGGUCCUUCUCCAAGGCUCAGUCACACAUUUACAUUGACCCAAAACAAAUAUCAGACAGCUUGACGUGGCUUUUACAGAAACAGAAAGACAACGGCUGCUUCCAUAAUAUAGGACAACUCUUUAAUAAUGCUUUAAAGGGAGGAGUGAAUAACGAAAUAGCAUUGUCUGCCUACAUUACCAUCACACUGUUGGAAAUCAAGUUGCCUGUUACGCACUUGGUGGUCAACGGUGCCUUGUUGUGCCUGGAGAGGGCUAUAGGUAAUGAAAUGGACCUUUACACAGAAGCAUUAAUGUCGUAUGCUUUCUCACUUGCUGGAAAACUGGAACUUCGUGCCCGACUCCUUCAUGACCUUGAUGGAAAGGCCAUCAAACAAGAUGGGACGAUCCACUGGUAUCGUCCAGAAUCCUCAGAAGACUCUGCAAUUAUAAGAGACCCUUACCGCAAAGCCUCAUCUCUGGAAGUAGAGACGACCUCCUAUGUCCUGCUGGCUAUGUUAUCCAAACCCAAGAUCAAUGGCGAGGAUAUGACACACGUUUCAAAGGUGGUCUCAUGGAUCAUAAAGCAGCAGAAUCCCAGAGGUGGUUUUUCAUCUACUCAGGACACAGUAGUUGCUCUUCAAGCCCUAGCCUUGUAUGGCUACUUUGCUCACCAACAUGAUGGUCCUCGUGACGUAGCCGUGACCCUCGGCGAAGCUCCAGUUGCCAAACUCCAUGUAGAGGACUCAAACCGUCUGCUUCUGCAACAAGUCCAGCUACCUGACAUUCCUGGAGAUUACACUGUAUCCAUCAAUGGACCUGGCUGUGUUUUUAUACAGAGUACUCUGAAAUACAACAUACCUCCUCCUGAAGGUGAAGCGCCAUUUACCAUCACAGUAACUACAGUACCGAAGAUAUGUAGCCCCAAGUCCUUCAAGUCUUUUGGCAUUUCGGUCAACGUAAGCUACACUGGCAGUCGGGUGAACUCCAACAUGGCAAUAGUAGAAAUAAAGCUGCCAUCUGGGUACAUUCCAGUAAAGGCUAGUGUCAGACAGCUGUCAAACAACAGAAUAAUUCAGAAGACAGAAAGCCAUCCCAACAAAGUUGUUGUCUACUUUGAAAAGCUUACCAAGGACAUACAGAAUUUUUAUUUCUCCAUUGAACAAGAUAUUCCUGUGAGCAACCUUCAGCCAGCCACUGCCAGGAUCUAUGACUACUAUGAGCCAGGUGAUUCUGCAGUGACAAAGUACAGCGCCCCCUGCAGUUCAAGAGAUGACAUUCGAUAUGCAUAAGAAACAAUAUUUGCACAGAUAGACAACUUACAGCCAAAACCGUUAUCGCAGAUGAACCUAAUACAUUUGAGUCAAGGCAACAGCACAAUGAUAAACUCACAUUUGCAAAAAUCUGUGGAAUUUAGACAGUCUGUAAAUCCCAUAUUUGUGAUUCAUUCCUAACCUAGGUUCUUUUUUUAUAGCUGCACUUAGUUGCCGCCUUCUCAAAUCACUUUUUUUUUUUACUUCAUUAGCUUUUCAUGUGCCAUAAAUUGACAGCACGGCAGCAGACUAUAUGUAACAUAUAGGAAAUACACAAUUUAAAAUAUUUCCUAAAACAGUUUAGGGUUUUACUAACAAACCACAUGUGUAUUUUUUAUGUUUUUGUAUUGUUUGUGCAUUGCAAUAAAGCCUGCUGUGACUUACUACAAAA